AUGACUGAGGCCCUUGAGGACCUGAAGGCUAACUUCUACUGUGAGCUGUGUGACAAGCAGUACUACAAGCAUCAGGAGUUUGACAACCACAUCAACUCUUACGACCAUGCUCACAAACAGGUAUGGUGCACCUAAUACCUCCUACCAUGCAAUUCAUUCAGACUAGUUACAUUUCAACGUUGCCAAACAUUUUUUAUCUACGAAUGACAAAGCAAACAAACAUAGCAAUCUCCAACAAAAGGGCAUAUUUGAUUUCAAAGUACAUAUCAGAAGAAUAUGAUGGGAUAAAGGAUGUUUAUUGUUCUUCCAUACUACAGUAUUUGCAUGACUUGCAUAACUUGAGAAAAACAUUUGACCUGUACCCUGAAUGAGCACAUCCCCCAUUAACUACAGUGUACACAUUUAUAUCCCCCGUUAACUACAGCAGCUUUUCUCAAACUCGGUCCUGGGGACCCCAAGGGGUGCACGUUUUUUGCCCUAGCACUACACAGCUGAUUCAAAUAAUGAACUCAUCAUCAAGCUUUGAUUAUUUGAAUCAGCUGUGUAGUCCUAGGGCAAAAAACAAAACGCGCACCCCUUGAGUUUGGGAAAAGCUGAACUACAGUGUACACAUUAUUCAACUAAAUGUGCUUCUUGUUCAUGCCUUCAACAAAGUUUGUGGUCCUUUGAAGCUCAGUUGGUAGAGCAUGGCACUUGUAAUGCCAGGGUAGUGGGUUUGAUUCCCGGGACCACCCAUAUUUAAAAUGAAUGCACGCAUAAUAUAAUAAUAAUAAUAUAAUAUGCCAUUUAGCAGACGCUUUUAUCCAAAGCGACUUACAGUCAUGCGUGCAUACAUUUUUACGUAUGUGUGGUCCCGGGGAUCGAACCCACUACCUUGGCGUUACAAGCGCCGUGCUCUACCAGCUGAGCUACAGAGGACCGCGCAUGACUAAGUCGCUUUGGAUAAAAACAUCUACAAAAUGCUAUAUAUACAGUGUCAUCAGAAAGUAUUCACACCCCUUCACUUUUUUCACAUUUUGUUGUGUUAAAGACUGCAUGAAAAAUUUAUUAAAUUGCGAGCAUGGUGAAGUUAUGAAUUACACUUUGGAUAAAUACACUCAGUCAAUACAAAUAUACAGGCGUCCUUCCUAACACCGUUGCCGGAGAGGAACGAAACCGCUCAGGGAUUUUAUCAUGAUAUCAAUGGUAACUUUAAAACUGUUAGUUUAAUGGCUGUGAUAGCUGAAAACUGAGGAUGGAUCAACAACAUAGUACAGUGGUUUGCGAAUGUGUUCACCCCCCUUGGCAUUUUUCCUAUUUUGUUGCCUUACAACCUGGAAUUAAAAUAGAUUUUUUGGGGGUUUGUAUCAUUUGAUUUACACAACAUUCAUACCACUUUGAAGAUGUAAAAUAUAUUUUAUUGUGAAACAAACAAGAAAUAAGACAAAAAAACACAUUUUUUUUUUUCAGCAAUUACAGCUACAUGUCUAUUGGGGUAUGUCUCUAUAAGUUUGGCACAUCUAGCCACUGGGAUUGUUGCCCAUUCUUCAAGGCAAAACUGCUACAGCUCCUUCUAGUUGGAUGGGUUCCGCUGGUGUACAGCAAUAUUUAAGUCAUACCACAGAUUCUCAAUUGGAUUGAGGUCUGGGCUUUGACUAGGCCAUUCCAAGACAUUUAAAUGUUUCCCCUUAAACCAUUCGAGUGUUGCUUUAGCAGUAUGCUUAGGGUCAUUGUCCUGCUGGAAGGUGAACCUUCCUUACCAGUCUCAAAUCUCUGGAAGACUGAAACAGGUUUCCCUCAAGAAUUUCACUGUAUUUAGAGCCAUCCAUCAUUCCUUCAAUUCUGACCUGUUUCCCAGUCCCUGCCGAUGAAAAACAUCCCCACAGCAUGAUGCUGCCACCACAAUGCUUCACUGGAUGGUGUUCUCGGGGUGAUGAGAGGUGUUGGGUUUGCGCCAGACAUAGCGUUUUCCUUGCUGGCCAAAAAGCUCAAUUUUAGUCUCAUCUGACCACAGUACCUUCUUCCAUAUGUUUGGGGAGUCUCCCACAUGCCUUUUGGCGAACACCAAACUUAUUUGCUUAUUUUUUUCUUGAAGCAAUGGCUUUUUUCUGGCCACUCUUCCAUAAAGCCCAGCUCUGUUGAGGGUACGGCUUAAAGUGGUCCUAUGGACAGAUACUCCAAUCUCCGCUGUGGAGCUUUGUAGCUCCUUCAGGGUUAUCUUUGGUCUCUUUGUUGCCUCUCUGAUUAAUGCCCUCCUUGCCUGGUCCGUGAGUUUUGGUGGGCGGCCCUUUCUUGGCAGGUUUGUUGGGGUGCCAUAUCCUUUCCCUUUUUUAAUAAUGGAUUUAAAUGGUGCUAUGUGUGAUGUUCAAAGUUUCGGAUAUUUUUUUAUAACCCAUCCCUGAUCUGUACUUCUCCACAACUUUGUCCCUGACCUGUUUGGAGAGCUCCUUGGUCUUCAUGGUUUCGCUUGCUUGGUGGUGCCCCUUGCUUAGUGGUGCUGCAGACUCUGGGGCCUUUCAGAACAGGUGUAUAUAUAUUGAGAUCAUGUGACACUUAGAUUGCACACAGGUGGACUUUAUUUAACUAAUUAUGUGACUUCUGAAGGUAAUUGGUUGCACCAGAUCUUAUUUAGGAACUUCAUAGCAAAGGGGGUGAAUACAUAUGCACGCACCACUUUUCCGUAUUUUUUAAAAUUUGUGUGUCCAAACUUUUGACUGGUACUGUAUGUAAAUAAGAUAUUUCUGUAUUUCAUUUUCAAUAAAUUAAGAAAAAAAAUGUAAAAUGUAUUGUGAGUAGAUGGAUGAGAAAUAAUAUCAUUUUAAUCCAUUUUGAAUUCAGGCUGAAACAAUUUAUUUGGGAAUAAGUCAAGUGGUAUUAAUACUUUCUGAAGGCACUGAGUGCACAAAACAUUAGGAACAUAGACUGACCAGGUGAAUCUAGGUGAAAGCUAUGAUCCCGUAUUGAUGUCACUUGUUAAAACCACUUCACAUCAGUGUAGAUGAAGGGGAGGAGACAGGUUAAGGAAGGAGCCUUGAGACAAUUGAGACAUGGAUUGUGUAUGUAUGCCAUUCAGAGGGUGAAUUGGCAAGACAUCAGAUUUAAGUGCCUUUGAACAGGCUAUGGUAGUAGAUGCCAGGCUGCUGGGUUUUUCACGCUCAACAGUUUCCCGUGUGUAUCAAGAAUGGUCCACCACCCAAAGGACAUCCAGCCAACUUGACACAACUGUGGGAGGCAUUGGAGUCAACAUCCCUGUGGAACGCUUCCAAGACCUUGUAGAAUCCAUUCCCCGACAAAUUGAGUCUGUUCUCAGAGCAAAAGAGGGUGCAACUCAAUAUUAGGAAGGUGUUCCUAAUGUUUUGUUCACUCAGUGUAUAUUAAGGUUUUUGAGGUUUGAUCAAAUGUGACCAGAUUUCUCAAUGAAAAGUCAAAUUUAAGUGGUUCACUUAAUUUUUUUAUUUGAUAAAAGUACAGACUCAGAGCUUCAAAAUGGUACAUACACCGUAGUUGGAGGAAACAUGGGAAAGUUAUGAUGCUUUGAAAGUUGAUAAACUUGUUAUCCCACUUAGGAGACAAGCAGAACAUAACCUUGAAAGAUUUUGACAAGGUUCACACUUGCUAGAGAGCUCUUCUUUGUUUACUCCCAUUCAGCAUCGUUCACAACCUCUCAAGCCUUAUCCCCAUCCAUCUCUUUAAGAAUUCAGAUGCAAACACAUGGCCAACCAUCAGCAUGGUCAACCUCUCCAUUAUCUCAGCCAAUCUUUGUUAGCCAGGAAGUAUCCUGUCUUUCUCCAUUUAAAGCUCAGUGCUCUCUCCUUCGCUAAACUAGGCUAAUAAUUAAUCAUAUUUACGGAUCACAUACACGUUUGUAAUUAAGGCCUAGAAAGUUCACAUAUUCAAGAAGGCAUUUCUGGAGAAAAAAAUGUCAUAUUAAUUUUUCUUUCAAACGGCAUUACUGUGAGGUAGGAACUAGUGUCAAACGCCCCCCAAUCCUGUAACCAGUCACAAAUGUCAUUCAUAUUUGUUUAAAGAUCACAUGCUAACCUAAGCUGAACUGUAUCUGCAUUAUUAGUUUAGCAUCACAUCCAUUCUCACUUAACAAGCACAGGUCAAUGAAUACACCUGUUUUCAGACAUAUACAUAACAUUGACAGAGCUAAUUCCUCUAGCUGGCUGCAUUAUCCUACACACAAGGAGUAGGUUGAAGUUUCCCUUUGACAUUGAUCUUGAGUCAGUAUUGCAUUGUCAGUAUUGCAAGGUUAGGAUUGGGGGAGGGGAAGCUGAACCUAGACCUGUGCCUAGUGUAAACUUCAUCCCAGAGCAGCCUACAACAGCAGAGUUGGAACAGUCUAAAUAUCAGUGCCACUUUGACCCCAGCUAAAAAGCAGAUUGAUGAGAACCAAGACAGACAGUAGCCUGGUUUAGAUCUACAUGUGCUUUAGCCAACCCCUGUGACCAGGGCAGUUCUAGCUAAAGUAUCACACAGAUCUGGUCUAGGCUAGCAGGUGACUGUUUAAAGGUGUCAAAAAUUAGACUACUUCUGUGAUGGUUGUCCCAACAGCAUCCCUUAAGAGGUGACAAAAAAUAAACGUUAUUCUACAAAACAAUACCAUGACAAUGUCACAUGCACCUCAUUGUGCAUUAUGUAUUUCCAUUUAAGUCACAAUGCCCGAGAAGCCGGUGUUUAGAGGAUAUAUUGGCACGGGUGUUGUUCAUCUCAGGCUGGCAAACUGUGCAAAUAUAUCCUCCAAACACCGGCUUUGAGGGGGGUUACCAACAAAUUCAAAUAAUGAUUGACAUUUAUUAUCCUUCCACAAGAUAUAGUCCCGACACAAAUCUAGGGUUGCUACCCAAGCCGGCUGGUCAUUCAUUCUAUCGGUUCAGUUGCUAGAGACGCGACUCAGUUGUUCAGUUGUUGUAUAAUAUAUUAAUAAGUCAUGUAAUUAUAUUUUCUUAGACUAUGAAAUUUGGCUGAACAAAACAUUGUGUCUAUAUAUACAGUACUUUAUCUACAUUACAUCCUUCCUAUACCUUUGAGGGCAACAUUUGCAUCAAUAGUCACCUGCACUUUCAAAAACGAAAAGGCAAAACCUUUUGGAGAGCCUGCAAGAGGUAGAAGCUCAAUAACAUUUGUCUAUUGGACAGGCUCGUCCUGUAUACUGUAAAACCAGAACAUUAACAAUUGCCUUUCUGCUCGAUACCCCUGAGAGAAGAGGCUACUUAACAUGACAAAAUGAUCUUGGAUGCAUACAAAUAAUCUCCUGGCUUUGUGACCCAGCCACUCGAAAUGCAACCAUCAGAGCUACUUCAAAGAGGAAAGGUCACAUAGCCUUGUUGAGUUGUGUGUAAUACAAAGGAGCCUACAUAAGGCAGGACUAGCUGGGGUGCCAUUCAUGGGUUCGGGUAAUUACAGAGCCCUAUAGAAGCUGUCUGUUUCAUAUGAAGAUUAUUAAGUGAAAAAUAUAGAUGUAUUAUGCAAAAUGUAGGGUUAGUUCACUCCAGGGUAACAACAGUUGUACACACAAUGGUUGUGGCGAGUAACGCUAAUUUAAAGAACACUAAGCACAAUAGGUGCGUAAACGCUAAUUGCAAAAUGUGCAUCAUCUGCAUUUGCAUUUAUGGUCCACUACAUCCUUGGUUAUCACACAACAGUUGUGUAAAAAUGCAUUGUACAACCGCUAUUUCACUGAGUGUGAACUCAGUCCUAGAGUCUGAGUCUAUAAUUAAACAUGCUGUAAAUUGUGUCGUAUCAGUUAUUCCUUAUGAAGCAAUGUGAUCAAUAAACCUCACUUUCCCAAUCUCUGCAAUAUUGUCUUUGUUGAUAUUCGCUUCAAUGAAUUAGAAACAGGUGUAGGGUAACUGUGAAGAUAUGGUAACCAAUUAGUAAACGUCAGGAGUGCUGGUUUAGAAUAAAUUGUAUAAGGUUAGCCAACAUGAAUUAAUGAGAUGUGAGUUGUUGUGGAAUAAGAUUUGUACAUAGGAUAUUCUUACGACACAUCCAUCCAGAGAUUUACAGCACUGUGGGUGGCUGUCUGAUACUGUACAGUUAGUUUAAAACCUUCUCCAUAGAGAUAUUCCGUCUUCAUUGGGUUCCAAUGCCUUAUAUUGUAGAUGACCCUCUAAGGAAAUACAAAUUCUCUCUGGAAGAGUAAUAUCGCUUAAUUCAAUUAGUUUGGCUAGAGUAUGCUCCUCAAUGGCUGACUCAGUACAGUAGAUAAUGAGUCUGGUGAUAUUUAUUCUCUCUGCCAGAGACUGAAAGAGCUGAAGCAGCGGGAGUUUGCCCGGAACAUGGCCUCCAAAUCCAAGAAGGAUGACAGAAAGCAAGAGAGAGCACUACGACGUUUACAUGAGCUGGCUGAACGGCGGCGGGAGGUCCAAUGGUGGGUGGACUCGUGUGUCCCUAUAUGACAUAAUUUCAACAGUAUGACCUUGGAAGGCUGUAAAUGAAUUUUAUAACAAAUUGCAAUUAUGUAAGUUAAAAAACGUUCAUGUUAGAUGUAUUUGAGAUAAGACAAUGAGCACGGUUACAUGCACACAAUAAUGUGAUUAUUGUGGAUAGUUUAAUAUAAUAGUUAGUUUAAAACAUUUACAUGCUUUGCAAGAAGAACAAUUUCCCGAAUAAUUAUGUUUAAAUGGACACAUCUGAAAUCAGGCUGCUGAUGGGACUUUUGAUAAAUGCAGAAAAUCGCCAAUCAAAAUAAACGUUCUACCACAGUGACCAUGUUAUUUUUGCAAACAAUAUUUGAAUCAGAUAUAUAAAGUGUGUAUGAAAACGAGUUGUUUUAAUCAGUGUAUGCUUACUUUGAUUAUGACCUUACGCCGAUUAAGAUAUGCAGAGUAAGGUGUUUACAUGACUAAUGCCAUACUCAGCCUUCUGACAAAAUCAUCUUAAUAUAGAAUUAUUAGUGUGCAUGUAAACAUACUCAUUGUCACCAGUUGUUUUUUGGUGUUGAUUUUUGGAUGUUGACUGCUGUCAUACUGAUUCCAGUGUCAACUCCUUUCUGUGCAGCGCACCUGGUAGUGGCCCCAUGUUCCGAUCCACCACUGUGGCCGUGGAGGGAGGCUACGGGGGAGCCCGUGGUGACAGAGCCAGCAGCCGAGCACAGACCAGCACCCAGGAACACACAAUGUGCCCAAACAUCACCUUAGACACAGUUACAGAUAACACGAGCACCAUUCAGGCCCAGCAAACUCCCAACAGUGUGGCCAGAAAGUGUGGCCAAAAAAUAUCUUUCUCCUUCUCUUUCCCCAAAAAGGCCUCUGUGAAGCUGGAGUCUUCGGCGGCAGUGUUCUGCCAGGCUGGGGAGGAGGGGUCAAGCAGGCAGGCAUGUAGACAGAGGCUCAGUGUGCUGCCCAUGCAGCCCAACUCCCCACGGCCUCCCGCUGGCCUUGACUCCCCCAGCCCCUCUGCCAGUGAAAAGGCUCUGCAUAACAAGGGGGAGAUUCACAUUGCAGGCUCACAGGGUCAGGGGUUAACCAAUGCACCAUCAGGGUCAGACAGCUUGAUGUCCCCGGCUGAUUUGUGCGCUAUCCUCGUUUACUCUGAAGAUGUGGCUCUUCCCUGCACAGCCCAAUCCUCUGUGUUUCUCUCCCAUUCAAACACAUUAGAGGACUGUGGACUGGACAUGGUGCAGGGAAGUCUAAAAAGCAACUUGGCUGAACAAAGACAGGAAACUGAGGUAGAACAAGGACAGGGGACAGAGACUGACGAAAUCAUGUUAACAGAUCAUUUCUCCCAUAAGGGAGGACACCCAUUGUCGAAUUGCGCUGAUCAUUUGAACGAAGCAAUUUACACUCAACCCCCAGACAAAGACCCAAGUGUGUCAGAGGAUGAGAAAUUGACAGUUGCAAGGCCAUGUAAACCUUUCUGCUCUAUCCUCAGUAGAGAUGGGAGAACGGUGCUCCAGUGGCCCUCCGAGAUGUUGACAUUCACCAGGACAAACCCAUCUAUUUCCUACAGCUGCAACCCCCUCCACUUUGACUUCAGAGCCCCCACUAAAAGCACUGGCUGCAGAGUGAUAGAAAGAGAUGUCGAGAAAUCAGCUGAAUUAGCUGAGAAGUCCUGCAGUGAUGAAGCAACCCUGGAAACACGUGAGCUGUAUAGGAGCUCGCCAAGCCCAGAGCGCAGCCUUGUUCAGGAAUGUUGCGAGAGGCCUAAAGGUCAAGGAUGCGAGGAGCCAAGCAACACACUCAUCAGAAAGGAUGAGCAGUGUUGCAAUUAUUCAGCACAGUUGGCAACCACAAGCCUGACACACACAGCUAUGGCUGUGGACACACGCAGGUGUUGUAGCAGAAGCCAGAGGAGGAGAAGGCGGUGGGGGCACAGACGGAUGACUCACUGGGGGGGAUACAGAUAUGAUGGGGCAACAGAAAGAUUAGAUAAUUGCCUGACACUUCCCAAUCAUUAUGAAAGACUUGAUGACCAAAUGAGAGAUAACAGUGCAAAACAAUUUCAGCCAGACGAGCACAAGCAAUCACCCUCAAUUGAAGGCAACGAGAGGAGAAUUACAGCUAACAGAGACACAGCAGGUGUUGUGAGGCAGGCAGUGGCAGAGUGUCUGAAUGGCCCAACAGCCAGUCUGGCCCACUCUGAUGAGGCUCUCCAGGGUCCAGGACAGAUCGUACAGAUCUACGAGGGCAAUAUGCCCCAACUGUCCAAACAUGUAAAUGCUACAGCAUACACAUCUCUCAACUGUGGAUCUCUCCAGACCAACCUGGUCAUCAGAAGCGCAGACCAGAUGAAUAAAAGAGAUCCCACACCUUUAAAACACCAGCCACUCCCUGAAUCAGUGUUGUUACAGGAAGGUGGAAGAUGUCGAAAAAGGACUAUGGAUGACCAAACUGUCGGUAGUACUUGUGUGAACCCUUUGCAUAAACCGAACAAGAGACGGAGAAGGAGGAGAAGAGCAUGUGGAGCUCAUCAGAGUUCAGUGGCUGAUGUGAGCAGUGGAGAGAGAUAUGAGCAGAGUCGAGGAGCAGAUGGCCUUUGCCCAUGCACUGGCUCCGACUCCCCUGGACCUGAGGAUAGAUUGAACCCUGAUGCACUUGAGAAGAGUAUUGACAGUGUAAAUGGCAGAUCCAACUGCAUAGGCCAGAUCAAUAGGUCAGAUCUCAAGAGGGAUAUUUUUGAUUCCGGAGCUAAGGGCUCAGAUGUUAUUAUUGCACAUAAGUCUGUGAUGAGCCCAGAUCAGCCCAGCUUUCACAGUAAGAGCGAUGGCUCCUGUAAAGUAUUUCUACCAAUAGGCAAUGAGAAAAUGUCAGAGACCUUUAAUGCUAGCUACACAGAAUUAGAGGAGGAAUCAUUUAACUCAAAGGACUGUUACAGGUCCACACUGGACAGUCUGGAGAAGAAUUGCCUCCAACAUCUCCAAGCCCACAGGAAGGCUAUGCACCAUCAAGCCUUCCCUGACGAACUGAAACCAGUCCUAGCCAGCCCGCACAUCCCUGUGUCCUCCCCCAUAGUACUACACCCUGUACAACUCCCUCUACCCUUAUCCACCUCCAUCACCAUCCACCAGACUUUCCUCCAGCACCACACAGACUUCCUCCAGCCACAGCCCCAACUCAUGUCACCUAUCUUCCCCUUCACUCACCUGCCACUGGGGGCAGAGGAUUGCCCACCCAGUCACCCUCCCUUUAUUUACCCAGCCCCAAUUUCGGUCAUGGCACGACCGAGCCUGCACCACAUGACCAUGUCCUUUCACCCACUGCCUCGCACUAUUUUCCCUCAUAUGUUCCCACCUCACAACACUGUCAUCCCCCUACAACCUAUGUUUUAA